AUGGCCUCGGUCACAUCCUUGGAUAAGGACUUGCGCAACCUGCGCCUCUCCCGCUAUACCCCGCAAGCUGCCGCCGAAGUCCGUUCGUGGAUAGAAGAAGUUCUGCGCGAGAGGCUACCAAGUGGUGAUCUCCUGGAUGUUCUCAAAGAUGGUGUCGCGCUCUGCAGGCUUCUCAACCUUGCGGUUUCUCCUGGAGUCAAGUUCAAGCAGUCAUCAAUGCCUUUCGUGCAGAUGGAAAACAUAUCGCAUUUUCUUCGCGCUUGCCAGCUGCCUCCCCUCAGCCUCCCGCCUCACGACGUCUUCCUUACAGUCGAUCUUUACGAAGCCAAGGAUCCCGCUCAAGUUCUCCAGUGUAUCUCGGCUUUCAGUCGAAGAGCGAAUGCCAUUCAGCCGGGCAAAUUCCCUCGUGCGAUUGGCGUCCAAUCUAAAGGUGGAACCUUGAGUCCGUCCUUGACCGGCUCCAGCCAAGGUCCGCAUACUCCGACCAGAUCCCUCGGACUGGGUGAUGCCAACUCUAGCCCCUCUGGCCGCUCAAGCCCUGCAAAGUCCCCUCCGGCAUUCAGCAGCUGGAGUAGGAGAACUGAUGAGCAUGUAACACAACCAGCCUGGAAUAUCCAUCAAUACGGCUACAUGGGCGGUGCUAGCCAAGGAAACCAAGGUGUCGCAUUUGGCGCUCGCCGACAAAUCACUACCGCUUCUCCCCACGUGCCUAGUAUAACCGAGAAGGAGAACCGCCGGCGCGAAGAAGAGGAGAGGCUUCGGCGAGAUCGGGAAGAAGCCGAACGAGUUCAGCAACUAGAACGCGAAGCGGACGAAGCACGAUCUAAACAGGAAGAAGAGCGCCGAUGGGCGGAAGAGACUACCCGCUUGAGAGAAAAAGAACGGAGAGACGCUGAGGAAGAGCGAAGACGAUGGAACGAAGAACAGCGACGGUGGGCAGAGGAGGAGCAGCAACGCCAGCGCGAGGAGAAGGAGGCAGAAGAGAGGCUUGAAAAGGAAAGACUGCGCCGACGAGAAGCCAACGACUCCCGCCUGAACGGCCAGUUCCUCAGUCAGUACCGAGCCAGUCAGCCCGCACCUGCACAGCCCCCGCCGAGCGAAUCGCAGGAAAGGCAGCGCAUCAAACAGUUAGAGCGAGAGCUAGAGCUUGCAAAGGAAAGGGAGCGCGAGUAUGAACAGGAACGUCAAACACUGAAAGAGAAAGAGAGCAAGCCCACCGAGACCAGAAACCGUCCAGUCCCAGUGCCGCCCAAGCCAAGCUAUGACCUAUCGUCGCUCGAGCAGGAACGACGUCUCCAACGUGGUGAAUGGCAGAAGCAUCAAGAUAACGAGCCAGUGUCCGAAGUAGAGACGCCACCACCAAUGCCACCUCGACCCCUCCCUGACCCUACCGCCGUCCACUCACCGAAACCUCAGGCAUCUGAAAGUCGAGUCGACCGUUUCUUAUCAGCAAACCCCGCUCCAGUGGCACCAAAGCCCGCCGCUCAUCGCCCACAAGACUUCACCACUACAGCAGAAGUCGACGCGGAGAACAGUCGCCGGUUGGCUUCACAGCAAAAGACCCGCGCAGGAGGAUGGGCCUCUAAGUCGCUCUUGGAGCGCGAGAUGGAGCGCGAGCGCGAACGUCAAAGGGAGUGGGAAGAGAAUCAGAAGCAGACCCAGGAGGCUGCGACGAGGGGCGCCAAUGACCCGUCACUCACCACGGGGCCUGGAGGUGCCUGGGACGUACACCAGUACGGCUAUAUGGGCGGGGAUAGCCAAAACAGAGGCGGGCCUGGGCUAGGCGUUGGAGGCGCACGGCGCCAGAUUAUCGGCCCUCGGCCGCCACGGUAA